AUGACUGGAUUAAACAGGGAGAGGGUGGAACAUGAGCUUCAUCCAGAAGAUCAGAUUCUCAGCUUGACUGGGAACAGCCCCAGCCACAAGGAUAAAACCGGAUCCAGCCUCCCAUUGUUCCCAGCUCGGAUUCACAUGGGCUACAGCAUAAAAAUGUUCUCCUGUGUGGCAAGGGAUGGCCAGAUUUCUCCUGAGCCCGGCGGACUGACUGAAGAACAUUUCAACCACUACGGGUGCAGCCAUUUUUCUCCCGAGAAGGACAGUCACGUUUCUACCCAUUCCAAGGGAGACCACACUUCUGAGACAUCUGGUUCCUCUUACCGUACAGCUCUGUGCUCAGAGGAAGCAGAGAGUUUUAAGGACUGCGUCGAGUACUUCGAAGAACCUGGAGAUCAUACCGAGCAGCGCACUUACUGUGACUCCGAGUACAAGCAGGACAGCGUAACAGCAACACCAAUCCUCUCUGCAGGUCAGGCAAGCCCCGUCGACAGGAACAAAGUUUCCAAGGGCACAGGCAGCCAACUUCAUGGGACUCUGAACAGCUUUGGCAAGGCCUUACAAGAUCCAGGUGGAGACAGCGAAGGGGAAGCUGAUACUUAUGUUGCUACAUCUGAAGGAAUUCACGCUCAUUUUGCUGUAAAUGGAAGCAAGGCUUUCGGAGGCUCGUUGGCAGUCCAAGACAUGAGACCCCAGAGCCUGCAGGCGGGCAGAAAUGGUGCUAUAAAAGAUCAAACCUGCAGAGACGGACUCUGUCCCAGUGACAAGGAGAGCCAACAGGUUCAGAUGUCAAUCAAAUCUAAGAAUAGCUCGGACCCAGUGUGCAGCAGCAGCAUGGGUCCAGUCACAAGAAGGCUGCAGCCAGGAGACGGCGGAUCUAAAUACUUGGAUUGCCCUACACAGUUCGGUUCUGAGAAAUCCAAGGAAAUGUUCCCCAAUGUCCGCAAGCUGAAGAAAAACGUCCUUGCUGGUCGAGCUCAUGGUCCUGUAAGUAGCAAAGCAGCAUGCCCCAAAUAUUUUGGAGAAAAUUUGAGUGUGCUGAGUGACUCUGAUGAGGCUGAUAACGAAGUAGAGAAACUUACCGCCCUGUCUUUCCAGAGCCUCUCGUGUCCCCAAGGCAGUUACUUAGAUAUGUACAGUUCCAGUAACAGGACGUCAUCCAGCCUGUCCAAUUCCUUGCCGGAAGACAAUAUUGGAAUGAACAGGUGGCCAACGUGUAGCGACCCAAGGAAAACAGACUUGUGUGCUAGUGCACUGGGGAAGGAACACUUUGAGUGUGUUGACGUCACACUAGACAAUGCUGAUGGGAGAAGGAGCCUUUGUAAAAAAAGAAUGGUGCCCAAACGUCAGAUUCAGUUGAGGCGGAAGGAGAAGAAAGACACAGGCUUUUGUGCCGCUGGUGACUGUGCUAUCCUCCAGCCAUUCACACAACCAAGGAAAGAGUCGUGCAUAAAGGGUAGGACUAUCAGUGAUGAGUUUAGGCUCAAUUAUAAGCAAUUUAUGAGGGCAGCCUCUCUGAACAGUUCUUACAGCAAAACUAGGAUGGCUUCAAGUCUGGUGAAAAACGUUUUGGCUAAAAAAAUGCAGUACGAACAACGGAUCAAAACGGAGCAAGGGUCUGUCCGAGGCAGCUCCACCUCCUCUGUCCCGUCCUCCGUUAGCACAGACCUCCAGGGGGACAGUUUAGAAGGCAAGUCAAGUUCUUUGUCCAAAUCAGACUGCAGCUUUUCAACCGAGGAUGUGCAAAGUCAUUCUACCAGCGAGAGAUCUGAGCCCGUGGCCGUGAAUAACAAGGGCAUCUGCGCCGUCAGGCCAACGAAAGGUGUUGUGUUGAAUGAACAACUGAGGGAGAAUGUCUGCAAACUGAAAAAGACAUUUAAUGAGCUGAACGAGAGGAUGAAAUAUCAAGAAGCCAGUCAACUGAUGAGACUCCCUGUCUUGGCAGACGAUGAUGUAAAGCUGAUAGAAUCAAGCAACACAAGAAAACCGGCAACUGGAGAGAGAAAAGAGUACCGGAGAGCCCGGGCUGUGUUUGAGUCCAUGCAAGAUGAUACUAAAACCACAGGCGCAAUCCCAAAAUUUGCCAAGACGCCAAAGCCUUGGCCAAACCUGAAACAGCGAGCCAUUCGGCAGAACAAAUACACCCAGGCGAAAGAAGAGAAGAUCCCCUUCAAAACUAAAAGCCUUGUGGCAGCCAAAGAUACCUCCAGGAAUACCUUCACAUCCAAAACCAAAGAAAUGAAACUCAUCCCUCAGGUUACAAAUGAACAGCCCAAUGUUCUAAAUGCGUUCAAGCACUUGUCUUUAGACAGAGAUUCCAAUACCAGGAGGUUGCCCGCAGCUCAGAGUACGAAAUUUUCAUCGCUGGUUUUUCCAACUUCUGGCAAAAUAUGCUCUGAUGAAACACUCCACUUGAUCGAGGCCCCCCAGAUGGAAAGCAGAGGAAAGAUAAGAAAACAUCAGCCAAGAGACGUCAGGAAAUUAGUCAACGACACCCAUAACCUUGGUUUCAAAUCAUCAGACAGCUCCAGUGCCGAGCAGCUUUCCUACUCAGAAAGCAAAAGCGAGAGCAGCCAAGGUGUGUUGCCAAAAGACUCUAUGUCUAUCUCACCUCUCUUCAUUCACUGCACCUCAGUACGCCGGAAAGAGGAUACACAAGCAGUAAACCAGUUACAAGAGAAAAGGCAAGAUGAAACGAGAGACGUGGAUGCAUCAACCCUUUCUUUACACGAUCUGGGCUCGAGUAGCACUGAUCAUCCUCACGCCCCAACACAGACACCGGGGAACAUAUCUACAUGUCAUCCAGAAAACAGAUGGCCCACGGUGAGUGAACCUGCAGUGCACAUCACUUCAAUUCAGUCCAGGAAGUGUGUGGUUGAGAAUAAAGAACUUCAGCCCAAAGUUGAAAAUAAACCAGUGCUUUGUGAGCGGACUGAGUUAAACGUCAGACCUUCUUCUGCAGCGACCAAGAAAGAGUCUCAGCUGAACAUUAAAGUCAACAGUUCUGUCUCCAAGCAGACACACAAAACGGAAACUGAUCAUUUCCCCGCUUCAAGUUGUUCUGUGUUGGAAGAAAGGACCACAAAUGAAGCUUUCUCGCCGUCCAUUCUCAGUUCAAGAGAAAACGAGGCUGCUUCUUCAUCGGAGGCCAACGUGAUCCCGUCUUCUAAAUGUCUCCAGGAGAUCGGUAAGAAAGAUGGUGGCCAUGUAGCAGUGAGCCAUAGUCAUGACCCAUCCAAAGCCCAGGAACCUGAACUGUCCCAUCAGAAACAUUUGCCCAGUGAGAAUAUCUCAGCGAUGCCUAAAGACAGUAAAAAUUCUUCAGGCUUUUUGAAAGACGAAAAUGCAUUCUCUGGAUUAAUCCAUGGAAGCAGCAGAUACCCACAAUCCAUCAGACCCCCAGUGAUGAGCACCCAAAACAAUCAGGCACAGACUGCAGCCAACAGCCAUUUUGCUGACAGUUUAUUUGAAACAGGAGUACUGGAAGACUCCAGAUCCUGGGAUAACAAUAACAAAAUGCCUCCAGAAUGUGACAUUUCAGAUAGCCCGUUCCCAACACGAGAGUAUGCUGAUGGGAUCAAGCCAAUAUCAAACCCUCCUUUCACUCCAUCAUCCUCUUAUGGAAAGUUCCAUGACCCAGGGUUCGAUGGCCUUAAUAAGCAUCAGGUGACAAAUGAACAGUACUUUUCGUCAGCACAAGCUGACAACACAAAUUACUUGACAAUUCCUGUGAGAGCCCAUCAGUCCGAGGCAGUUGCUAAGCACCCAUCACCUGCGCACCCAGACAACAACUCCUUCAUGUCCAGUGUCUCUUUCCAGCCUAGCGGAGAAGCUCCGGGAAACAAAGCAAGUGCUGAACAUUUCCUGCCAAGACAGUUAGAAAGAAGGGUGCCCUCUGACAAUUUGUUACAGGGUAACCUGAGCCACGGGCAGAUCCCCCCACAACUUGACGAAGCUCCCAAUUUCUCGAGAAGAAACGAAAGGGUCUCCCCAUCUGGUAAGAUUCCCCCAAGCCCAACCAGACACUUUGCUGCUCCUCCACAGGCACACAGGAAAAUGUUAGUCGACCCAGAGAGCGGGAAAUGCUACUAUGUGGAAUCACCAAGGCAGCCUCAGCUGAAGAUGCUUUACGAUCCAGAGACGGGGCAGUACAUUGAAGUGUUAAUACCACCAGUCCCACUGUCAUCGCACAGCGGACUUUACCAGCCUUCUUUCCCACCAGUGGUUAUGAAUCCAGGAGGCUAUGGUCCACCGUAUAUGUCGUACCCUGGAUUCCCAGGCUUCCCCCCUCCCCCUCCUGCGAUGCCACCUGUGCAGAUGGACCUUCAAGACCAAUCACCCAUUCAAGAAAAUACCAACGAGGGCUUCGGCCAUUUCCCAUUGACUGAAAUGCCGCCAGCCACCCAAACGACUGACGGCAACUACAUGGAAAGUUUAUAUUAUAUUCCCACGGGGAUGAACUCAAGUCCAAAUGCAAGCCAAACUGCAUUCACCCAACCUGCAAGUUCUGGUCCUCCUAUGGCAGAAAAGGGGACCUUCCCUAGGAUGUGACAUUUAUGUGCUUACAAGGGCGUUUAGGAAGACUGGGGGGCGGGUUUUGUAUUUCAGAUCAUUCUUUUUUUAAAAAAAAAUCAAGCCGACUUCAUUCCCUGGAAAUUGGGAGGGAAAGGAAUACCAGGAAAGAGGAGGCUUGGGGGCUUUUUGUUCAAGUUUUCAGCCACUCGGGCUCUCACGGACUCAUGAGGUAAUGGUACAAGCAGAGUUUACAGCAUGUAUCAUUUGCUCGAUAAAUGUUAUUUUUUAAUUAAUGUAAACAUCCCUGGUAAUAAUAAUGGGCCACAUUCUGGUGCUAAUUGAAGCCAAUGUGAGCUUUGGGAUUGACUUCAAGGGGACCAGGAUAUAGGCUAUAACAUUUUAACUGCUUAGUUUGUUUCUUGGGGCUUGUUGUAGACAGUGUACUAUUUGAAUGUUUCAGCCUACACCCAAGCAGUCUGGUUAUUCAUCUAACUCAGCUCUUCCAUAGCAAUUAAAUGUUCCUCCAAGCUUUUCAGAUUUGGUAUUUUCAUA